AUCAAAUUCCUUCAUAUCCAUGUAUUCAUAUGCAUGCUGAUCAACACCUACAUAUAUACAGGUUUGGAUCUCGUGCUUGUUAGAGUACCAUAAACUGCUUGUGUAUCGAAUAUUUUAUGUCUUACUUUGUUGCGCCUUGAAGAAAAAGAUAGGGAUGCAGAAAGAUGUGCCUAUUUUGCAUCUCCAGAGCUACCUUUUUUCAUCCCUGACGAGACUGAUCGGAGAAAUGCAUCUGGUUUGUCAGAUUCCUGUCCCUAAACUCGAGAAAAAAUUCCGUUCUAGAAUGGUAACUUAACAUAUACGAGUAAUCUGCAUCAUUGUAGAAAACCUUUCUAUAUAAGUAAGAUUGAGGGUGGGCCAUUUAAGUUGUUUGAUUUAUCAAGCUUCGGUAUACAAGAAAUAUGGAUACUGAAGGCAAUAUUUUGAUGGAAAAGUACGAGUUAGGGAGAUUACUAGGCCAAGGCACAUUUGCGAAAGUUUACUAUGCUCGUAAUUUAGUAACGGGCCAAAGUGUAGCGAUUAAGGUAAUUGAUAAAGAGAAGGUUUCAAGAGUAGGUCUUGUUGAUCAAAUCAAGAGAGAAAUAUCUAUAAUGAAACUGGUGAGACAUCCUAACAUUUUACAGCUUUAUGAAGUUAUGGCUACCAAAUCAAAGAUAUAUUUUGCGUUAGAAUACGCCAAGGGCGGCGAGCUUUUCGAUAAAGUAGCGAAUGGGAAGCUAAAAGAACAAACUGCUCGUAAAUAUUUUCAUCAGCUGAUCAAUGCUGUUGAUUUUUGUCAUAGCAGAGGAGUCUAUCAUCGUGAUUUAAAACCCGAAAACUUACUAUUGGAUGAAAAUGAAAAUCUGAAAGUUUCUGACUUCGGGUUAAGUGCUCUUGCUGAAUCUAAGCGUCAAGAUGGACUACUGCAUACGACGUGUGGGACUCCUGCUUAUGUGGCACCAGAAGUUAUCACUAGGAAAGGGUAUGAUGGGGAUAAAGCCGAUGUUUGGUCUUGUGGGGUAAUCUUGUAUGUUUUAUUAGCAGGUUAUCUUCCAUUUCAUGAUUCUAAUUUAGUGGAAAUGUAUAGAAAGAUUGGGAGAUCAGAAUUUAAAUUUCCAAGUUGGGUUCAACCUGAGGCUCGGAAGUUGCUCUUGAAAAUCUUGGACCCAAAUCCUGUUAAAAGAAUCACGAUUCCCAAAAUAAAGGAAAACUCAUGGUUCAAAAAGGGAAGUAUAUCUGAAGAACAAAAUUUAGACAGAGCCUCGGGGUCGUCCACUACUAGUACAGAUCAUGCAGAAGAUCAAGAAUUGUCAAGGCCUCCAAAUAUGAAUGCAUUUGAUAUUAUCUCUUUAUCUCCUGGGUUUGAUUUGACAGCAUUGUUUGAGGAGCCUCAACAAAAGAAAGAAGCCAGAUUUACCAUUUGGAAACCUGCUUCAGUUAUUAUUUCUAAAUUGGAAGAAAUCGGUAAACGUGUGAGGAUGAAUGUGAGUAAAAGAGAACCAGGGUUACUGAAACUGGAGGCAAUGAGAGAGGGCAGAAAAGGAACUUUGUCGAUCGAUGCAGAGAUAUUUGAACUCACUCCAUCAUUCCAUAUGGUCGAGGUGAAGAAAACUAAUGGAGAUACAUUGGAAUACCAGAAGGUGGUAAAUGAAGGUUUAAGACCUGGACUUCAAGAUAUUAUUUGGAAUUGGCAAGGUGAUGAACAAGAACAACAGGGGCUACUACCGCAGCAGGAUCAGUAGCACCCGAUUACCAUUUUUUUCCUGGUAUCCGAUUCUUGAUCUUGCUCAUAUAUGUUAUGCACAAUCUUUGUUUAGCUAGGAAUCUUUAAACGGUUCCUUUUAAGGAUAUAUUCUCUAUCUUGCUCAU